UUCUAUAACGAUCGUUUGCAUCACUGGGCUACCAGAGUUCUUGARGAAGGUCUACCCAAACAAUCAACAGACAUUAUGCAACKGAUACUUCUAAGCCUUACUGCUUUGGUCCUCUCAGCAGUCACGGAGCCACUUCAUGACAUAGAUGAAAAUCUCGAGUUUGCUUUAGAACAUGUACCAGAGUAUCGAUUUGACUCGGGAGCAAAAGCUGUUCACUGCUGGCCAGAUGAAGCCAUUGAAGAAAAUGCUGGAACUUGCAAAGAUUUCAACGUUUUUGCACCUCUUUACUACGAAAUAACAGACUGUCAGGGAAAAUACAGAAAGCUCUCUUGGUGGCUAUAUUACGGCAAGMAAUACACAUGUGAUCCACAACAUGUCCCAAAUGACUGGGAACAUAUCAGCAUCAACCUAAUCAAAGAUGACUCUACAGGCAAUUGGACUCGGGACUCUGUGACUUUUUUCCAGUCCGGUGGCUGGUAUACCAGGAAAUACAGCGUUUACCCAGUUAUAGUAUAUGUAGGAAAAAACCGUCACGGAAGCUUUGAUAAUUGGUGCCCUGAAGAAAKAUGUCACGAGCCUUGCCAGUACUGGAACGACUUUCGCGAUGACAGACCGAAUGGAAGACAUUGGUUUCCAAUAAACAUUCAAGACUUUUCACUGGUGCCUAGCAAGUUAAAGUUCAAACUGGAGCAUCAGCACUUUUCCAACCCGCAGUUAAACAGCUGUUUUGGUCUAAAGUUCAGCUGUACAGUUGGAUCAUGUGGAUGCUGGCGCAACAACCAUGAGUUCCCAGCUCCAUUCUGUGCUGAUCAUGAUCAUGAGUAGACRCUUCUGGAAGCAAUAUAUGAUCGCGUCAUCAUCUUUUUCAUUUUCUCUUUGGGAUGGGUUGGAAAACACGGUGUUUUAGCAGACUCGUACCUAGUUGUCUCUCUUACACGUUUUACGGCUCGCGGUGCAUCAAGGGAAGUCCGAACUACCAGACAGAGACGUAACAACGUAACAACUUUUUCUUUCGACUUCCCUUGAUCCUUUGCGCGCGCCAGAAAGGAAGAGUAACGACUGGGUACGAGUCUGGUGUUUUAGAUAUACAAUAAGAUUAUUAUUCACCAAAAAAAAAAUAAAAUAAAAUAAAAUAAACCAGUGCCUACACCAGUCAAUUAACGUUUGAAUAAGGCAUUUUGGUUACAUAUUUGGAAUUUUACGUGUAUUGAAUACAAGAAUAAUGCAAAGACUUCUUUGAUAUAAUAGUGUAUAAGAUUUUGUAUAGAAUGUUAAAAAUAAAUACAUUUCAACAAUGGGAAGCAAAAGAAGGCAA